ACGAUAUUAAAGUUUGAAGAUGACCACCGAAAUGAACGACGAGAAGAAGUACGCUGGAGGCGACGAAGAGAUGGCUUACAGAGCGACCACCAAGGCCUCAGAAAGCCCAGCAGGGCAUGUAGAGGAUGCUGUAUUUGGAGAGAUCGUGGAGGGUGGUCCCAAUUAUCGAAGUGUUGGGUGGAAAGGAACGGUUGCGUUGAUGAUGAAAACACAAAUUGGUUUGGGCGUUUUGUCUGUACCAGCGGUGUUCAAUACCCUUGGGCUCAUUCCAGGAAUUAUCUGCUUGUUGAUCAUUGGAUCCGUGGCGAGCUGGUCGAACUACAUCGUUGGAGUCUUCAAACUGAAUCAUCCUGAUGUAUAUGGAAUUGAUGACGCGGGAAAGAAGAUGUUUGGUCGAAUUGGUCAUGAAGUUUUUGGUCUGGUCUUUGCAAUCUAUUGGAUCUGUGUCGCCGGAUCUGGCAUGUUGGGCAUCUCUAUUGGUUUGAACUCGCUUUCUACACAUGGAACUUGCACUGCUGUCUUCGUUGCGGUGGCUGCGAUAGUUGGGUUCGCACUGGGCAGUAUUCAGACCCUAGGGCGUAUCACCUGGCUUGCAUGGAUCGGUCUUACCGGCAUCCUACUUUCAAUUUUCACCCUCACGAUUUCCGUUGGAGUACAGGAUCGCCCUGCCGCUGCACCCCAAACUGGUCCCUUCAAAUCCGAUUUCAAACUGUUUGGCAACCCAACGUUUCACGAGGCAGCCGCAGCUCUUUCGUCGCUCGUCUUUGCCUACGCUGGUACACCAGGUUUCUUCGCCAUUGUUUCUGAAAUGCGUGAGCCUCGACACUACACUCGAUCUUUGAUUAUCUGCCAGGCUUCCAUGACUGCAAUCUAUAUCACGAUUGGAACUGUUGUUUACUUCUAUUGCGGCUCUUUUGUUGCCUCGCCUGCCCUCGGGUCUGCUGGUGACACUAUGAAGAAGGUAUGCUAUGGUCUUGCCCUUCCAGGUUUGAUUGUUACCACUACUCUUGUGAUUCACUUUCCCGCAAAGUACUUCUUCAUUCGAUUCCUCCGAGGCUCCCAGCAUCUCAGCCGAAAUACCCCUAUCCACUGGAUGACCUGGCUGGGCUGCACAGCUGCGAUCACUAUUAUUGCAUACAUUAUCGCAAGCGCUAUUCCCGUAUUUGGUGGUCUUGUUUCCCUUGUUGGUGCCCUUUUCGGUACCCUCAUGUCAUUCCAGCCCAUGGGCUGCAUGUGGCUGUAUGACAAUUGGUCCAAGGGGAAGACCCAGAAAACCACCAAGUGGAUGCUCAUGGUUUGUUGGUGCGCUUUCGUGAUUAUUUCUGGUACCUUCCUCAUGAUUGCUGGUACUUAUGGCUCGAUAGUUGGCAUUAUGGACAGCUACAAGGUCUCGGGUGGCUCUGCGGCAUGGUCUUGCGCCGACAACUCCAACUCGACUUAA